AUGAGCGACCCCACCACGGAGGCCGCCCCCGAGGUGUCCAAGAACAAGCGUUUCCGCAAGGACAAGCCAUGGGACACGGACGACAUUGACCAUUGGAAGAUUGAGCCGAUGGCAGCUCCCAGCAAGGGAACGCACCAGCCUUUCCUCGAGGAAUCAUCUUUCGCGCUUCUCUUUCCGAAAUACCGCGAAACCUACCUCCGCUCCAUCUGGGGAGGCAUCACAUCGUCCCUCGACGCGGUCGGACUUGCAUGUGAGCUCGACCUCGUACAGGGCCGCAUGAGCGUGCGCACCACCCGCAAGACGUGGGACCCCUAUGUUAUUCUCAAGGGGCGCGAUCUGCUCAAGCUCCUUUCGCGAGGUGUGGCUGCUCCUCAAGCUCUCAAGAUUCUGCAGGAUGGGGUUGCGUGUGACGUUAUCAAGAUCUCGGGGAUUGUUCGAAACAAGGAACGAUUCGUUAAGCGUCGUCAGAGGAUCGUCGGGCCAGGCGGGAGUACACUUAAAGCCAUCGAACUUCUCACCGACUGUUACGUUCUUGUGCAGGGUAAUACGGUUUCGGCAAUGGGGAGCUGGAAGGGCCUCAAGGAGGUGCGGAGAAUCGUGCUGGAUUGCAUGAACAAUAUCCACCCGAUUUAUCGGAUCAAGGAGCUCAUGCUUCGGCGCGAGUUGGCAAAGGAUCCCAAGCUUGCCAAUGAGAGCUGGGACCGGUUCUUGCCUAAGUUCCAGAAGAAACACCUCAAGACUUCGGAGAAGACUGCGCGCAAGAAUGCCGCGCUCGAGGGCAAGGAUAAGGAGCCAGCCAAGAAGAAGGUCUACACUCCCUUCCCGCCCGCCCAAACUCUGCGCAAGGAGGAUAUCGCCAUGCAGACGGGCGAGUACUUCCUCAAGGCGUCGGAUAAGAAGUCUGCCGAGGACGCCGAGCGCGCUGAGCGUCACGCCGCUGCCGACGAGAAGCGCCGCGCUAAGCGCGAGGAGAUGUUUGUCGCGCCUGCCGAGGACGCCGCUCCGACGCUCGACGAGCGGCGCAAGAAGCGCAAGCUCGACCGCGAUGCCAAGGAGUAG